AUGUUGACAGCUGCUAUCGAAGGUGACAACAAGGAAAAGUCGGCUCCUCACCCAGAUAGUCAUGAGGGAAGAGAAGCUAGCACCAAACCGCUAACAGCCCAGAAAGUGUUAAUACCGUACAUUCAUCCAGCAUACCACAUCGGUCUUUUGCUAGUAUGGAUUGUCUACCUAUCGAAUUUUCUAGGAUGGCUAUUUGCUUCCUUCACCAAUAUCAAUCUUAGCUUGCGGAUAGACACUGGUGGAUCUUUGAUCGUUGGUACUCUCGUUCAGGGAAUCGCGUUCGUCCUCAUAUGCUGGAAACCGCUGUUUCCUCUAUUUGCCAUCGCCUUUUCCUUUGCCGGCGCCGGAGCUGGAUACCAGGAUGCGAAGACAUAUGUCUUCGUUACUGGUUUGCACAACACCCAUCGUUGGCUGGGACUUCUCCAUGCUGUCUAUGGGUCCGGCGCGACCAUCAGCCCGCUUGUUGCGAAUGCCAUCGCAUCUAAUACCCUCUACUGGAACUAUUACUACCUAGUUACUCUCAGUUUAGCCGUUCUAAAUACAUGCCUAGCCGCAUGCUCAUUUCGUAAGUGUCUUUUCAGACCAAUUACCGAGAGAGCCAAAAACACUACGGGGACAGAGCUGAAACGAGGAAGAACCGUACCAUCUGGAUACUCUGUUUAUUUUUCUUCGUCUAUGUGGACGCUGAGGUUACCACUGGAGAUCCGUAUUGAAAUUCCCUUUUUUUUGGACUAUUACCGACCAAAAGUCAAAGCUUGGCUUGUGGAAUAUGUUAUUGUCAUAAAAAAGGGCAAUCCAAGCAAGAUUGGAUAUGCCGAAACUGGAUUCUGUGCCGGUCUCACACUCGGAAGAAUUUUCCUUGCUGACAUUACGGAGAAAUUUGGCGAGAGACUUAUGAUUCUCGGUUUUUUCUCGGCCGCUUUUUCUCGUGGGUUUGUCGGUCAUGAUAGAAAAAUUGUCUCUAGAACUGUAUAUAUAGGAGGAGUAGGUAAGAGGAAAAGAGACGCCACAUAUAUCGAGAAGUUGACCAAGUUGUCCGAUUUUGAAAGGUUUACGGCGAGCAUAGUUUCAGCUGGAUCUGCUGCGUUUCCUUUUAUCACCGGCGCUAUAGGAUCUACGGCCGGGGUUAAAGUUCUGCAGCAGGCCGGUGAUGGUAGGGCUUCUCGGCGCAAUGUCGGUGUUUUGGAUAUUGGUGCCUAG